AUGGAAAUUACAAAUAUGACUGUUGAUAUACGAAAAAAUCAACUACAUCAUCGUUAUGCUCAUCACGAAGGCUAUUUUCGUAUGGGAAAAUCAAUUUAUCAUAUUUUAACUGUAAAUCCAACAUUGACACUUGUAUUCAUUUUCGUAUUUUAUUUUCAAUUUAUGGAUUUGAUUUUAUAUUUUAAAACUCGUAACAGAGGAUCAUUAAACUUAAACGAAAAUGAUAUUUCUUCAACAAUUGCAACAGAAACAAUCUUUUUUAACUCUACAAAAUUAACGUCUUCAUCCUAUUUAUCAUCAUUUGUUCAAAAACUCACAGAAAAAUAUAAUAAUAACUCUGAAAAAAUAUCAAAACCAAUCGAAAUUUAUGAUCCAUUACCAGUCAAAAAAAUUAUGGUUGCACACACUGUUCAAUACAUUCGAUCACCAUUAGCCGAAUAUACUGAACAUACACUUCAUUUUACAGAUUACUUUCCAUUUAUAUCAGCUAAUGCCAUAUCAUUUUUUCAUUGUUUUUUGUCAUUAAUAUCCAUGAAAUUUUUAUCACACGAUUUAUUAAUUCAUCGACAAUUUGGUGUUAUUUUGUUUCAAAUACGAAACUUUUUAGAUUGUCUUGACGGUGUUGUCUAUCGUGCACAUACUAAAAAAGCACGCUACAAAUCAUAUUACGGUUCAGUUGGUUAUUAUGUAGACGCCAUUAGUGAUAUAUUUGGUGGAACUUGUUUAAUUCUUAGUUGUCUAAUAUAUUUUUUUAAAAAUCCACCAUUUCGUACGUCAAAUAUAACAUUAUUUUCUCUUCUACCAUCACUAUCACGUACAACACGAACAGUUAGUUCAACAUCAGCUUCAAGCGACGUUGAUGAAACAGAUGCAAUGUUGUUAUUAUCCAAUGGUGAUACAAAAUCAGAAAUAGAUUAUGAAAAUGAUGAUAAUCGAACAAUUAUCAAUAUGCGAAGUUCAUUACCAUCUUUGUCUCCAUCAUCUUCUUCUAAUCAUUUAAAUAAUUUGCCAUCAUCAACAGCAACAACUGUUUUACAAUCACUACCCCUAGGACUACAAUCAGCAGUAGAAUCAAAACAGACAAUAUUUUUUACAUUGUUACUAUUUUCAUUUCGUUAUUGUCUGAGUGCCAUGUUUUGGGAUAGAAGUGUUCAUUCAUACGAAGAUUUACUUGAUUCACCAGUAUUAACAACUACGCAACAGACUUUACAAUUGAGCAUUCUUCACUCUCCUUUGACAAUUUUAAUCAUGUUUGUAUGGCGUUAUAUGUGUGCAUUAAGUAUUCAAGAUUAUCUGUUAUUUGCCGUAUUUAUCAACAGAAGUUGGGAAUUUCUAAUUAAAACGAGUCAAAUAGGAUGGUUUUCAAUUAUACUCAUAAUUAUUUUCACCGAAUUACAUGUCAAUCAGAACUUGACUUAUUGGGAUAAUUAUAAUGCAGCGUUACAAUGGAUGAAAUUCUUUCCAAUUCCUACAUUAAACGAAUCCUCUAGUCAACUAUAUCAGCAAGAUCAUGUAGUAAAGUCAGAAUGUAAUGAUGAGCAUGACAAUUCUGAAUUAGAAUUUGUUAUUGAUGAUGAACUACUAGAUUUUUUUCAAAUUAAACGUUCAAAUGCCAGUAAUGUAGUAGAACAGGAUGUCGAACAUAUUCAAGGUGAACAAAUGCGACCAAAUACAAUAUCCACAACAAAGUUGCCUCCUAUUAAUCGUUCAAAACUACGACAACUUGAAUUAGAAUGGUUAUACGGUAAUAAUCACUCACAAAACAUUGGUUACAUGGAAACUGAAAUACAGAUGGAAUUUGAUAAAACGUUUGAUUCAAAACGUCCACCAUAUUUUCCGAGUUUACCAAAUCGAUUGAUAUUAGAUCCAAAUAUGACUGGUCAACAACGCUAUGUUCCUUUCACAAUCCUUAAAAAGACCUAA